GCCUCGCGACGCCGUCAUUCAGUGUACUAGCGACCGUUCCCGCUCGAGGACGAAUUGUUACACGCGUAACGCGCUUAAUACGCAGUUACGAGAUACGCUGACCGCGUGCGCUUUUAAUAACGGACAAGAAAAAUAGUUUUUUGUAUAUCGUCGCGUUUGUUAUACCAACAAUACCAAAGUGCAAUACCCAGUGAUAAUCGUUAUCAGUGCAGAAAAGUUUCCACAAAGUGCGAAACGAACUUGAGGACGCUUGAAAUUUUUUUUGUGAGUUGUUGAUGCUUGUGAUAAUAAAAGACGGGUACAGUUUUUAGCCACGUUACAAGGUUGUCGUGCCUUUAAACCGCCAGAGAUGAAUUGGAAAAUCGGCGCGUAGUCGCUCACGUGGUGUUCGCCCCGCCCCCUCCUCGCACCGCUCAACACUUAUAUUUAGCGAAAAUCGCCUCUAGGGAGCGGCCCGAGGCGCGUUGGCAGAUACAUCCACGAUCAUCUCUGUUUAUGAACGUUAGCACGACGCCACAUGUUAUUGGCUUCGUGUAACAACUGCGAUAAGAAGUUAGAUAACCUUUACGGAUAACGGGUUGCGGGCCGGUCUUGAGCACUUCUGGAAAAAGAAAGAAAAUAGUUACGAGACUCUAAGGUUGUGAUGAUAAUAAACAGAAUACGGUCGCGCUGGUGAGCGCGCCUGUCGGUCGACACACCCACGUAAAUAUUUAUCAGUGAUACGCAAUAAGAUGUCUUUACAGAGAGGUAUUUACCAGAGUCCCUGGUCGUCACAGACAGCCCUAUCAGAAUUGGAGGGAAUGGGUGAACUGGAACCUCUGGGGGAAUUGGGAGAAGUCGGCUUUGAGCCCCAGACGCGCGCUCGGUCCAACACGUGGCCGUUACCGAGGCCAGAAAACUAUAUCGAACCUGACGACGGUGGCUCAAAGAAAAAUUCUAACCAGAAUCUAACUGGUGCACCACCGCUGCCGUCAACGUCAGGCACAACUAAGAAAAAUUCGUCCCGGCGUAAUGCCUGGGGUAAUCUUUCCUAUGCCGAUCUCAUUACUCAAGCUAUUACCUCCUCUCAGGACAACAGAUUAACAUUGUCCCAAAUAUACGAGUGGAUGGUCCAAAAUGUGCCAUAUUUUAAGGAUAAGGGAGAUAGUAAUUCAUCAGCUGGUUGGAAGAAUUCAAUUCGCCACAAUCUGUCGCUGCAUAACCGAUUCAUGCGGGUGCAGAAUGAGGGUACAGGAAAAUCAUCAUGGUGGAUGAUCAAUCCGGAUGCAAAACCGGGGAAAUCUGUCAGGAGGCGAGCGCUCUCCAUGGAGACAUCGAAGUCAGAAAAGAGGAGGGGCAGAGUUAAGAAAAAGCCUGAAGCCUUGAGAAAUGGAGUCGCAGCUGAUGCUACACCCAGUCCUAGUAGUUCAAUAUCAGAAAGUGUGGACCUAUUCCCAGAUUCUCCAAUACACAGCGGCAGCUUUCAGCUGUCACCGGAUUUCCGUCAGAGGGCGCCGUCAAACGCUUCAUCAUGCGGUCGCCUAUCACCGAUACCGUCAUUAAUACCAUCAGAACCAGACUGGGCGACGGAUUACACGCCCGCUGGAGAUUUUACUACGACCAGUGAUUUCACUCAAGCGGACUACGCUCAAGACGAAUUAGCUGGAACCCUCGCUGAUUCGAUGAAGCUUCACGGAGCCGAUCCAUACCUUAAUACGUAUGUACCAACAACAUCAUCGUCUGGUAACUAUCGCUUCCCGUACACGUGUUUGCGGCACCCACACGGUGGCUGCACGUGUACUUCUCUGUACCCUGCUCAUCCCGCACACACUCACGACCACUUUGUGAGACCACCGCCGCCAGCUGACUCCGCGGAUAUUAUGCAAACAGAAAACAGCCAGCCUCAAAUGGUGACGACGGAUGCGGCGCUCAUGAAUGGGGGUAUAAUGGUACAACCCGGGGCCAUGGGUCCUACGACGGUAAUGGGGCAGAUAAUGGGGGCCCUGAAUACUGGACUAGCUGAGGAUUUAAAUAUUGAAACCUUGGAACAUAGCUUUGAUUGUAAUGUCGAAGAGGUAAUCAACCAUGAGUUAAGGAUGGAUGGGACCUUGGACUUCAAUUUCCAACAGGGAAUGGCCGCUGAGGCAGAGAGUCAGUUCGUGGCCCCCGCUCCGCCAGUCCCCACAACACUCUCCGGCGGGGGGCCUCCGUAUUCCGUGGCCCCCUCUUGGGUCCAUUGAACAUUUAGCUAAUAUAUCGUUAUAGAAUAGACCUAAUUCGUUAGGCUAGAAUCCUUUCGAUGUAAAUACGACGCAAACAGUUCUCUGUUCGAGUUUGUUAAUUUUGCAUUGUAGUCGAGAUUUUUUUUGUUUAUUAUAUUGUUAACUAAUGUUAGAUUUUUAUUUAGCGGUUAAUAUUAAGCGGUUACCGAUCGUUGUUAAAGUGUCAAUUGUGUAUGUAGGUUAGAUUUAAGUUAAGUGGAAGCUUGUGAUAUGAGUAGUUUAUUCUAAGUUUACCGAGAGGGGGCCCCAAGUCAAGCGAAGUCAGCGGAUGGAAAAAGGAUUCACGUGAGGAGGUAUCCUCGAGUCGUCAACACGCCAGUCGAGUCGAACACAUCAAACAAAUGACCAUACUUAGGAAUGACUGCUUCAAUUUUGUGAUUCGUAAAUAAUGCCUCGCGUGUAUGUUUUGUAAAAUAGUAUAAAUGAAUUGAUGCUAGCUGCGCAUUCGGUUAGGGCUUCAUGCGGUUCAAAGUUCACGUUUGGUGUUUCAUAACAAAACGAUUUUUUGACACUUUAUUUGAACCCCCAUCGGUCAUCCACAUUUUCAAAGUAGAAGUUUUAUAGUUGAAUACUAAAAAUGAACGUAUCUGAAUUCUACUGUUACGUUACAAGGUAAAAGGCCUCGAGAUAAAGUACGGUUAUGAAUGAUAACAUACGUUUAUAUAGAAAAUGAUGUGUUAAUUUUAUUGUGAAAGUUAUAAGUUUUGUAUAAAAUUGCUCAAUAAUAACAUUGAAGCUGCGUUGAUCGUUUAAGAUAUAGUUAAAAUUUCAAAUCUUAGACGUCCAAGUUAAUGGAAUUUUUUUUUUAAUAAAUUAGUAAAGAAUCGUGCCUGCUAGUUUACAACGGGAAUGUGUAAGCAUUCGCGUAAUUUUAUAUCGUUCAGUUAGUGUCACGAGACAUUUGGAUUAGCACAAACAAAAGCCGUCAUAGUCAGAACUCUAGUCCCAGAUAAUAAAUAUUUCGAAUAAGCUUAUACACACGCAGUACAGCCUCAUGUCGCGACUCGAGCAACGCUAGUUCACAUAGUAAAUUACCUCAGUGAACUGUUUGUGAUAGCUAUAUCCGAUAAGUGUUCAAUUUAGUGAAUUACGUAUAAGUCAAUUCGUGUAAUAUUUGUCGUCCAUAUACAAGUAUAUUUAGGAGCACUGUUCGGUUCCGCGUGUUUCCGCGUUAUACCUUGUUGUUUAAUAUAUUCUAUAGUGUCGCUAUAUAUAUAACAAUAAUUGGCUUUAUUUGUGUAUUUAUUAUACAAUACACUCAGCUGACAUUGGUGCUAUAGAUAAUACUUUAAACGAAAUAUUCACAAAAGGCUUCGCUUUUAUCAUUAUUAUAAAAUAAAAAUUUACGUAAUACAUUUUACAACUUGCGCGCACCAGCCACCGGGGCACACUGAAUGAGAUUGCAACCAUUCAUCGUAUGAUAAGUAGAAAAAAUAUACAUUAUAAUACUUAUUAUUUGACUGAGAGUCGUUUAGAACGGUUGAAAGUGCUUGUUCUUUUUGCAUAUUGCCAAAUGAUUAAACGUAAUUUAAAAAAAAAUUGAUCAACAAAUCUUUAAAUCAACUCUCGACUUGUCAGACGUGACGAGCGGACCUUUCGGGGACGCGUCGUUGUUGAUGUUCGUUAAUCUAUAAGAAGUUCAUUUGGUAUCUUAAACGUGUUACUGAUAAGGCGUAUCUAUGUCAAUAUAUUGUGGUCAAUUACAUUUGUAUCGAAUCGUACCCUCAGAGCCGAACGCUUGUUGUCCUGAGAUUCGAAGGUCUAAAUUAUAUAUCAUUUGCAUAAAUGUCUAAACGACGUGUUUAAUGUGAAACUAAACAAACAUUUUUAUUUUUAAUUAUUUCCAUAUGAAGUUUCUUUGAACACCAAAUUGUUUUAUUUUUGUACAUAUUUUAUUGUUAGUUUUAUAUUAUAUUUUGAUGACUAUCACGUUAUUUGGUUUCAUAAAGAGGAUAAGUGUUCAAAAUGUUAUUUAUUGUAAGGUUUUUUGAUAUAUUCAAUGUAAAUGGACCGUAUAUUUCAUAGGAUAGGUUGUAGUGAAUUCACAUUACGUGUAACCAUAGCAGACCACACGUCGCUUGUAGAAUGUCUACCAACUCUUAAAAUUAUAUAUUUUAUAUUAGACUAAACGCUUCGUUUAUGAAUUAUAUUGAAACGGUAAACCCCGGACGUUCAGUAAUUUAUUAUGUAAAAUGUUAAGAAAAAAUUUAUGUUUGGUAUUUUUCUAUUAUUAUUCAGUUGCAUUAUUAAUGAAUAGAUAUAACAAUAUUAAGACAAAAUGUCAAAGAAUUAGAUAAGUGCGAUAUAAGAUAGAAGAAUUGUGUUGAAAUGUAAAUAUAUAGACGUAAACAUGUAUGUAGAGGUACAUAAAUAUUAUUUAUGUAUUAAAUUUGAUAUUGUUUUCAAAAUUUCA